CCAAGUUAGAGAACAUAAUAUUGGCAAAAUGUUCUACAUGCAACCGCUGAUGAAUAAGCGUGGGCCUUUGGCCAAGAUAUGGCUGGCUGCUCACUGGGACAAGAAACUAACAAAAGCUCAUAUAUUUGAGUGCAAUUUAGAGACGACUAUUGAAAAGAUACUUUCCCCAAAGUGUGCAAUUGCAUUGCGAACCUCAGGACAUCUAUUAUUAGGAGUGGUACGCAUCUAUCAUAGAAAAACCAAGUACCUUUUAGCCGACUGCAAUGAAGCUCUACUAAAAAUGCAGGCAGCUUUUCGUCCAGGACUUGUUGAUCUCCCAAAAGAGAACUGUGAGGCGAAUUAUGAUGCUAUUACAUUGCCUGAAGAGUUUCAUGAUUUUGAGACAAAGCUCCCUGAGGUGAAUGCCAUUGAUGUUGCCCAACAUUUUACACUGAAUCAGAGCAGAGCUGAAGACAUCACGCUUAUGGAAGAGGAUUUUCGCCUUCUCCAUAGUGACAGUUUUGGUGAUGAAACUGAAAUACCAAGGCAAGGCAGCUUCUUAAAUGACAGCUUACCGACUGGUUCCGGUGGUUUCUUGCUUGACCACAGUUUUUUGAGCUUUUCUGGAGACAAAACUGCAUUAAAUGAAGAGGCAUCUGUCUUAAAGCAUGAUGGAUUCGGAGAUGAAGGGGCUGUUGAAGAUAUGAUUGACAGUGUGCUUGGAGGAGAGCAGCAUAGCCUCAUUGAACUCUUUGGCCCAGAGGAAGAAAUUCCUUUAAUCCCAAAACCUACAACUGAUGAUAUAGCAGAUCAUUCAAUACCUGACCAGGAAACUAGAAGUCCCCAAGUAAAUGAAACAACACUGUUUUCCAAUGAAGAAGAAGGCUUUGUGCUUGAACCAAUUGAUGAAACAGGUCUCAAAAGGAAGCAAAGAAGUAAAAGAAAAAGGAAGUUGCUUGUUGAUGCGGUGAAAGGGUUAAGCAGAAAUACUAUAGCAAACCAGCUUAUGUGCUACAAGGACACUGUAACUACAUUGGAUAUUGCACCUCCAACAAGGAAACUGAUGAUUUUACAGGAGCGGGGUGGUGUGAAUAAACUCCUGGAAAGAUCUACUCAGUCUUUAAUUCACGAACAUUUGCUAAUGGAAACUGUUGAAAUCAUGUCUGGUUUGUCCAAUGGUUCUUUCACGGACUCCUCUGUAAGACAACAAACUGAGAUGAAGCAAACUACUCUUGAGCAUGAAUCUGAAGAGAUUAACACAGAAAAUGAAGAAAAAAAGAGGCAGAAGAGGACUCUAUUGCUUUUGGAUACUUUGCGGCAUAUUGACCAGACAGCAGGAGCAAAGUCUUUCAGCCUUCUGGCUCUCUGCAAAGAGAAUAACAGUAAAGAAGUUGCAAGCAAGUUCUACAGUCUCCUUGAGCUAAAGAAACACCAAGCUGUUGAUAUGGCCCAGGCUGCUCCCUAUGCUGACAUUAUAGUGACCAAGGGUCCAAUGUUCCAUACUCUCUAAAAGAUGGACUGUUCUCCACUGCAUUGUAGGCUGCUCUAAA